UGACCAAUUCACAGUAGAAGUUUCUAAAGAUCGAAAACUUCUUCCCUUUUCCACACUAUAUCGAGUCAAUUUAUAAUUGCAUUCUGGUUAUCGGAAUCUGGUCAAUUUUGUGUACAUUUUUUCUACAGGUUGUCAAUCAGUUGAUCAGCAAAAACCGCCAUUCUGCUCUACACCACCAGGAAGUGGGUCAUUGGAAUAUGCUGAUAACUAUGAGGUACAAUCAAUAACCAAUCACUAUGUUGGAAAGUUUGUUCUUCUUUUGCUCUUUCUUUGACAUCAAAAGAUUUCACUGAUUGCAUCAGUGCAUACCGAUGCACUGAUAAUAUGAAGAAUGAGUAAUAGUCACAAUACUAUCAUUCAGGAUGUGCUUCCUGUAUAAGUCUUAGUUAUUAACCUAUGAAAGUAUAUGAUUGGCUUAUAUUUAUGAAUACUGAACUUUGAUGAAUUUUAAUUGAUAUUUCUAUCCCAGGCAUAAGCUAAAUCAUUUUGUGUCCACCAUACAACAAUAUGUACAGUCCCAGCUCUCACACGUAUCUUGGUGCAGGUUUCUUCAGUCUCUGAAGUUUUAAGGUUUGAAUGGCACUUUCCAGCUCUCUACCUCAGUACAUAUGUAUUCUUUAAUUUAAUAACCUGCUUAAGGGGAUCAUUAGAUCAGCAGCCAGACUAAGAAUGAAUGUGUAAUGAUGGCACCAGGCUCAAUAAAUAAAAAAUGUCGAUUAAGGUGGGGUCCUAAACAAUGUAGCCCGAGCGAGCUAUAAGAUUCUUUGCUUCAUUUGUCACUCAAAGCUGUUUACUGCACUGCUGAAGAUGAAUUUUGAGUAUUUUGAGUUAAUGAAUUUUGUUCUCUAUUUUCUAAUUUACACACUGGCUAAAAGCUUCAGAACUUUUGUUCUUGAUAAAGAAGGGAUCAUUUUAGGAGUUUUGUAAAAUCAUUCAAUGUGCCCACAAGAUAGCAGAAAACAUACGUAAAGGUUUCUAAAGAUGCCAAUUCCAAAGGAGAGCUUUAUUCCCAUACCUUUCUCUUUCUCAUUCACUAGCUGCUGCAUAGGUGUAGAUUAGCUGUAGGAAGUUAUUAAUGCCCUGUGUAUUACAGUUUAUUUAGCCCGAAAUUCACUUUGUCACUGAAUUGUUUGUAUCUACAUCUCCGGCACUUUCAGGUCAAAGAUAUGAUGGAUCUGGAGCUAGUGCACAUGGCAUACAUAACUGAUUCUCUGCAUAUAUGUUUCCUCUCCGAUGAAUCACGACAGGUAGCUGGCAUCAUCGAGAACAUGCUGCAAUGUGCCUUGGAUUUCCGGUCUUGUGUUAUAUGUGGCACGAGGGAUGUACGAUUGUAUUUGGACCAGGCAAGCUCACCCAGCAGCAUACUUUCACGGAUCAGUGUCCCACAGGUGAUGGCAAUAAACCGGAAGUUUGAGAGCAACCUGAAAGAAUUGCAUCUUUGUUAUCUCAAGUCUCCCAAGCACAGAAAUGCUGGGCUUUCCUGCUUCUGGGGACAUCUAAACUACAACAACUACUACACAUAUUUGGACAGCGAGCUGGGCCUGCUUCCACUCUAAGUCCAGAGCUUGAGAACCCCAUGAAGUUUGAUGAGAAAUGGUGCAGUUCUGCUUCCUCUUUCUGCCUGCUCUUCCUGAGUUACAAAGAAGUUUCAUGCUCAAGGGGCCAUUCACUAUCAUGGCCGUAUCUUUCUUCGCCAACGGCCGUUGCUACCAGAAGAUGGUUUGUCUGCAUUAGCCCUAAAAUUUGAGUGAUGGUUACUUGCUUGCUUACUGAACUUUUAUCCACCCUUCAUUGUUAUGCAAACUUAACAGAAUAAUACAUGGGGCUAAUUCAUCUCAAUUUUUGGACUUUGUAUAUUGUUUUGGAGAGAUCCAAUGAGAAGCUGUGAAUUUGUCAAUCCAGGAAUUUUGUGAUUCCGGGUCGAAAAUGGAGAUGUAUAGGUUUGAAUUAUAUCCUGCAAAACGCGCCUUCCUUCAGCAUCAUAUACCUACUUGCACAUGAAAAUAACAAUGAUGGGAUGAACAAUGAGUGGGUUAAGCGAGUUUUAGGCUAAAAUUUAUUUAUGAUUUUGAUUCGUAAUGAAAAGAUGAUUCACAC